CCUUGUAACAAAAACUAGUGAAGCAGCAGUACACAGGACUCAACAUGUCCAUAUCGUCGCUCAUCACCUUCCUGAAAAGCAAGGAGUCCAUUAUAUUCAAUGGAGCAGUGGCACUAUUAACUGUUGGAGGCCAACAACUAUUUUCUUUUUUUGCUUUCAGCUGUCCGUGCCACCACACUCACAACCUGAACUAUGGUUUAGCUUUCCUGGGAGUGCCUGCUUUAAUCCUGUUGAUUGUGGGCUUUGUGUUCAAUGACAACACAUGGAGGCUGUUCACUAACUCUGCAAGCCGCUUCUACAUCCAGGACUACAGCAGGCAGAGCACCUUGAUGAGGUAUAAGCUCAUCUGCUAUGUGCUCCUCAGCAUCAUUGGGAGGGCACUGGUCGCCCCUGUCACCUGGCUGGCAGUGACUCUGCUGAACGGGUCCUACUAUGUGUGUGCACUCAGUGAGUAUGUGAGUGUGGAGCAGUAUGACUUCUUUAGGAACAUGAGUGUUGAGGUUCGGAGAAACACACUUGCCCGGUUACCAUGUCAACAGCUAGUACCAGCCAACUUGUCCAGAAUCAGAGAGGAGAUUCUCCUGGAGCUGAAAUACCAAUCUCAGGUGACUGGAUGGAUUUUGAUAGCACUUGUGGCUGUUACUGUUUUCCUAAUUUUAUGUAUAGCCAGAUGUUGCUCACCACUAAGUUAUCUACAUCUCUGGUACUGGACCAACUACAUUAAUAAUGAGCAGACCCUUUUUGAGCAAGCUACAGACCAGCACUCCAAGAUCUAUGCCAUGGAAAAUAUCAAGAAAUUCUUUGGCUUUGCACCAGGGAGUAAACACAUCACUGAUAUCCGCAUCCCUUCUCGUGAUGACUGGAAAGCCAUCUCAGGACUUGACCUUCUGCAAGUGAUCAAUGCUGAUCACUGCAAUUACAGCCUUCUUCAUUCAUGGGCAGAAGAGGACCAAGAAGAUGGAAAAUAUAUUCACCUUGAUGUGGCUCCAGACUCUGCAGAUACUGUUACACCACCUUAAAUGUACACUGUUGUCUUCUGUAGUUAUUUAACAAUGUGCCGGACUGAAUUUAUAUCACAUGCCCUUUUUUC